UUGCCCCUCGCUCGCCUCCCCGGGCGCAGCGCGCACCCACCCACCCGGCGCCAAAGUUGCGACUGCUGCCCCGCGCGCGCUGCGAGCGGCGGCCGCGCCAACUUCCCAGCCCACGCCGCCCGGGUCCCCGCGGUCCCCCGCCUCCAGCCCCGGCGGCGCGCGGGGCAGAGCUUAGGUGGCGGCGGCGGCAGCCGAGGUGGCGGCGAAAGCGGCAGCGGCGGCGGCGGCGGCGGCCGCUGCAGCCUCACACUCAGUCGUCAAGCUGGAGGAGCGACGGAAGCCCGACCCCAGGAGGAUGGAGGAUGAAGCUGUCUUGGACAGAGGGGCUUCGUUCCUUAAGCACGUAUGUGAUGAAGAAGAAGUAGAAGGCCACCACACCAUCUACAUCGGGGUCCAUGUGCCCAAGAGCUACCGGAGAAGGAGACGUCACAAGAGAAAGGCAGGGCAUAAGGAAAAGAAGGAAAAGGAAAGAAUCUCUGAGAACUACUCAGACAAAUCUGAUGUGGAAAAUGCCGAUGAGUCCAGCAGCAGCAUCCUCAAGCCGCUCAUCUCUCCUGCCGCAGAACGCAUCCGAUUCAUCUUGGGAGAGGAAGAUGACAGUCCAGCGCCGCCUCAGCUCUUCACUGAACUCGAUGAGCUGCUGGCUGUGGAUGGACAGGAGAUGGAAUGGAAGGAGACAGCGAGGUGGAUUAAGUUUGAAGAAAAAGUGGAGCAGGGUGGAGAACGAUGGAGCAAACCCCAUGUGGCCACACUGUCCCUGCACAGCUUGUUCGAGCUGAGGACCUGUAUGGAGAAAGGCUCCAUCAUGCUUGACCGGGAGGCGUCUUCUCUCCCACAGCUGGUGGAGAUGAUUGCUGACCAUCAGAUUGAGACGGGCCUAUUGAAGCCUGACCUUAAGGAUAAGGUCACAUACACUUUGCUUCGGAAACACCGGCAUCAAACCAAGAAGUCCAACCUUCGGUCCCUGGCUGACAUUGGGAAGACUGUCUCCAGUGCAAGUAGGAUGUUCACCAACCCUGAUAAUGGUAGCCCAGCCAUGACCCACAGGAAUCUGACAUCCUCCAGUCUGAAUGACAUUUCUGAUAAGCCGGAGAAAGACCAGCUGAAGAAUAAAUUUAUGAAAAAACUGCCACGUGAUGCAGAAGCUUCCAAUGUGCUCGUUGGGGAGGUUGACUUCUUGGAUACUCCCUUCAUUGCCUUUGUUCGGCUACAGCAGGCUGUCAUGCUGGGUGCUCUGACUGAAGUCCCUGUGCCCACAAGGUUCUUGUUCAUUCUCUUAGGUCCAAAGGGGAAAGCCAAGUCCUACCAUGAGAUUGGAAGAGCCAUCGCCACCUUGAUGUCUGAUGAGGUGUUCCAUGACAUUGCUUACAAAGCAAAAGACAGGCACGACCUGAUUGCUGGCAUUGAUGAAUUCCUAGACGAAGUCAUUGUCCUUCCACCUGGGGAAUGGGACCCAGCAAUCAGGAUAGAACCUCCAAAGAGUCUCCCAUCAUCUGACAAAAGAAAGAAUAUGUACUCAGGUGGAGAGAAUGUUCAGAUGAAUGGGGACACACCUCACGAUGGAGGACAUGGAGGAGGAGGACACGGUGACUGUGAAGAACUACAGAGAACUGGCCGGUUCUGCGGUGGAUUAAUUAAGGACAUAAAGAGGAAAGCACCAUUUUUUGCCAGUGACUUUUAUGAUGCUUUAAAUAUUCAGGCUCUUUCGGCAAUUCUCUUCAUUUAUUUGGCAACGGUAACCAAUGCCAUCACUUUUGGAGGACUGCUUGGGGAUGCCACUGACAACAUGCAGGGUGUGUUGGAGAGUUUCCUGGGUACCGCUGUCUCUGGAGCCAUCUUUUGCCUUUUUGCUGGCCAACCUCUCACCAUUUUGAGCAGCACAGGACCUGUUUUGGUAUUUGAGAGACUUCUGUUUAAUUUCAGCAAGGACCAUAAUUUUGACUACUUGGAGUUUCGUCUUUGGAUCGGCUUGUGGUCGGCCUUCAUGUGUCUCAUUCUGGUGGCCACUGAUGCCAGCUUCCUGGUCCAGUACUUUACUCGUUUCACGGAAGAAGGUUUCUCCUCUCUGAUCAGCUUCAUCUUCAUUUAUGAUGCUUUCAAGAAGAUGAUCAAACUAGCGGACUACUAUCCUAUCAACUCCAACUUCAAAGUGGGGUACAACACUCUUUUCUCCUGCGCUUGCCUGCCGCCAGACCCAGUUAAUCUCUCUGUAUCUAAUGAUACUACACUAGCCCCAGAAGACCUGCCAACAGUUGCUUCUACUGACAUGUACCACAAUGCUACCUUUGACUGGGCCUAUUUGUCAAAGAAGGAGUGUUUGAAAUAUGGAGGCAAGCUUGUGGGAAACAGCUGUGAUUUUGUUCCUGAUAUCACACUUAUGUCCUUCAUCCUGUUCCUGGGCACUUACACCUCUUCAAUGGCUAUGAAAAAGUUCAAAACUAGUCGUUAUUUUCCAACAACGGCAAGAAAACUGAUCAGUGAUUUUGCCAUUAUCUUGUCCAUCCUUGUGUUCUGUGUAAUAGAUGCCCUAGUAGGUGUGGACACUCCAAAACUGAUUGUGCCAAGUGAGUUCAAGCCAACAAGUCCUAACCGGGGCUGGUUUGUCCCACCGUUUGGAGGAAACCCCUGGUGGGUGUGUCUUGCUGCUGCUAUCCCGGCUUUGUUAGUUACCAUUCUGAUUUUCAUGGACCAGCAAAUCACGGCUGUAAUUGUGAACAGGAAAGAACAUAAGCUCAAGAAGGGAGCUGGGUAUCACCUGGACCUGUUUUGGGUGGCCAUCCUCAUGGUGGUGUGCUCCUUCAUGGCUCUCCCCUGGUAUGUGGCUGCUACUGUCAUCUCCAUUGCACACAUCGACAGUCUGAAGAUGGAGACAGAGACCUCUGCACCUGGGGAACAACCGAAAUUUCUUGGAGUGAGGGAACAAAGAGUCACUGGAACCCUUGUGUUUAUUCUGACUGGCCUGUCUGUCUUCAUGGCUCCCAUCUUGAAGUUUAUCCCCAUGCCUGUUCUCUAUGGUGUGUUCCUGUAUAUGGGGGUGGCUUCACUUAACGGUGUGCAGUUCAUGGACCGCCUCAAGCUGCUUCUGAUGCCCCUGAAGCAUCAGCCUGACUUCAUCUACCUGCGCCACGUCCCACUGCGUCGAGUUCAUCUCUUCACCUUCCUACAGGUGUUGUGCCUGGCUCUACUCUGGAUCCUCAAGUCAACAGUGGCUGCUAUUAUUUUCCCAGUCAUGAUCUUGGCACUGGUAGCUGUCAGAAAAGGUAUGGACUACCUCUUCUCCCAGCACGACCUCAGCUUCCUUGAUGACGUCAUUCCAGAAAAGGACAAGAAAAAGAAAGAGGAUGAGAAGAAAAAGAAAAAGAAGAAAGGAAGUUUGGAUAGUGACAAUGAUGAUUCUGACUGCCCAUACUCAGAAAAGGUCCCCAGUAUUAAAAUUCCAAUGGACAUCAUGGAACAGCAACCUUUCCUAAGUGAUAACAAACCCUUGGACAGAGAAAGAUCAUCAACAUUCCUUGAACGCCACACAUCAUGCUGAUAAAAUUCCUUUCCUUGAGUCACUGGGUAUACCAAGUCCUCCUAGAACUCCAGUGGAAGCUGUGCCUCAAAUUAGAAUAGAACUUGAGCCUGAAGACAAUGAUUAUCCCUGGAGGAACAAGGGAACAGAAACUACAUUGUAACCUAUUUGUCUUUCUCAAAACUGACAGUUAUGUUGUUAACUGUUUUAACUUUUUCCCUUUCUUUUUCUGUAUGUGCAUUUUAACACUUUUGUUUGGUCACUGGCUGAAUAAUACAGUCCCUCUCUCUGCUUCUCUCUUGCAUAGGUAAAAUCAAGACAAUAGUGUCCCUUUCCUUUACAAAAAACAAAAAGCAUCUGAGGGAUCACACUUUUGUUUGCAGGUGUUCAGAUGUGUCCUCUGACAUGUAAAUCCCUGUCACUCAAGACACACACAGAAGCUGCCCUUGUCAAGCAGCAAUCAAAAGUAUUAAGAAUUUUGUACCACCUUUUAUGAAACUGUUGAAGGAACUCAUGACCUAAGCUUAGAGCUGUGCUUGUUGGCUUGCUAUUGUCUGGUAGAGCAGCCCUUGAACUCCAGACAGAGUCCCUUCCUGCUUACAGAGACCCGAAGACUGGAAAAGUGCUGCUACCAACCUGCCCUUGCUGUCAACCCUGAUCUUAGAGUUAUCAAAAGCAGAAAACACUAAUGGUACUUAGCUCCCUAUAGAGAAACCUUUGCCAUCAUUGUAGCAAGUGCUGGAAUGUCCCUUUUCCUAUGCAACUUUUUUUUAACCCUUUAAUGAACUUAUCUGUUGAGUACAUCGAAGAAUAUUUUUCUUCCUAGAUUUUGUUGUUUAAAUUAUGGGGCCUAACCUGCAACUUAUUUUUUGUCAAUUUUUUAAACUUUUUUUUAAUUACUGUAAAGAAAAAUGAAUUUUUUCCUGCAGCAGGAAACAUAGUUUUGAGUAGUUCUACCUCUUACCUGUAGCUGCCAGGCUUUCUGUAAAAAUUGUAUUGUAUAUAAUGUGAUUUUUACACACACACACACACACACACACACACACACACACACACACACACUAGGGUAAGCCAGAAGGCUAGAACAAAUUAAAAGAAAAACAAAACACCAUGUUUUUAAGAA